AUGGAUGCCGAACAAGAUCAAAAAGCAAAGAAGCCUGCAGCGAAGAAGAGAACCAAAACAGGCUGCCUCACUUGCCGGAAGAGGCGCAUUAAAUGUGACGAAACUAAACCGAGAUGCAAAAACUGCAUCAAGUCUAAGCGUCCAUGUGAAGGAUAUACCCAGCGGGUUGUGUUCAAGGAUCCGGCAAACUUGUCCCAUCAUGGCCACUUUGGCUCGGCGGUAUAUCCGCCAGGCUCUCGACAUCACGGCUCCUCCUUGGGACCGCAUUCUUCAAGCCAUGUUUCGGCACAAGCUUCGCUCCAGCCGAUUGCCCCCAGGCCAACUCCUUUUCUUUCGACCCAUAGGCACCCAAUCACUUUUGCACUACGACACGCACAGGCUCUUCCAAAUACCGAACAAGGUCCUCUGACGGGCCAUGAUACGCUACCAAUGCCGAACCCUCUUCUAGGAUCCGAGCUCUCGGUCAGUCAAAACUGCCAGUCUGUUUCAUCAUAUGGCGCCCAAGGCCGUACCACUCGAGAUCGUUUCCAAAGCGAAAUGCAGAUCGAGCUAGUCUCGCAAGAUAGUUUACCUUCGCGAGAUUUAAACCAGCAGAACAACAUGUCACGGUACGACCAAGCAGCGUUCGAAGAUGAAAUAUCUCUGGACGAAUCGGAUGACGAGCCACCAGAUCCACAAUCUCUCGCCGUACGAGGCUAUAGAGAUGUGUUGAAGCCAUACUCUACAGGAGGAACUGAAGUUAGAACAUUCUCCGCGUUUGCGCAGAACUAUGCACUUUCCGAGUAUAUGGACUAUGCGCAUUCCUCUGAAUUGCGGCGGCAUGAUAUGCAGACGAUCUUCAUGCACUUUGUUAGUGUAACCGGUCCAACCAUGUCAUUGUACGAGAGAGAUCCCGCGUCCCUCGCCUCGGGAGCUCGUUUCGACGGUGAUGCUACAUUAGAUAACAACUUGUGGAGCUACACUUUCCCACUACUCUCUUUCAACCAUCCCGGUCUCUUCCACGCCAUCAUGGCAACCGCAAGCUUGCAAAUUGCAACACUACAAAACACUCCUGCCACGGCCGCCUUGCGGCAUUAUCAUUGUUCGAUUCGCCGAAAUGCACGAAAUGUGAGCACCCCGGUGAGGAACACGAAGCCCACGACUGUUGCCACGACCCUUUUGCUAGCCUACUUCGAAGUCUGGUCGUCUGAUCACACCAAAUGGUGCAAUCAUCUGCUCGGGGGACGGCUCUUAUUUAAGCAAAUACCUCUCAGGAAAAUGUCCCGAGUCUGUCUCCCAGUCAAACGAAUGAGACAUUUUCAAAGCCCGCUGUCAGCUGGAUAUUGCGUUGGACCGAGAAGAGAACCCGUCGAUUUAGAUUACGGUCUCCUGAGUACGAUAACAGGAAGACGGGUCUCUGCCGAGGACUACGGGCUGCAAGAUGGCCAGUUGCUCGAUGAAGAGUGUCUUUGGACAACUGAAAAAGACAUAGAGAAUUACGAUAUUUUACGAGACUUGUUCUGGUGGUAUGCUAAAAUGGAUGUCUAUCAAAGUAUGCUCGGAGGGACCAAGCUCUUCAUGGCAUAUGAAGAAUGGACACAAUGUCCUCCAAGAGCGCCGCUCUCCAGCAUUAGCGCCAUUUAUGGAACUUACGAUCAUCUGAUUCUGCUGCUGGGCCGGCUGGCCAGUUUCACAUCAAAGGAUUUGUCCAGGAAGAGAAGGGCAUUCCGAGCAAAAGGCGGAUCCUUUAGAGGAGCAUCUUCCCCGUCUCAGUUCCCGGGCAUCGUACCUACUCAUGGGAAGUUUCAUGCGCCGAUGGGGUUUACCGCCUCGUCGACGUAUUCUGAUGAAUCGGAUUCGCCAGGAGACUCGACAACACCCGAGAGUGACGAGUCAGCGGAGCAAGAAUGGGAAAGCAUUCGCCAAGCCUUUGAAACAUUCGAGAAACAUUUAGACGCACGGUUCAAAGCAUUGAACAGCGAAUACGCCGACAGAAAAGAAACGCCCUUUGGUACCGCCCUACAGUACCGCACUUAUUCGGUUGCUGGCAUCUGGAUGAAUUAUUACAUGGGGCUCAUCCACUUGUACAGGAGUCGUCCUAACAUGCCCCCCGCAGCCAUGCAGGCCGCGGGCAUGGCUGCUCCGUCCACUGCGGGCUAUGCCAUUCAAAUUGGACGGAUUGCGGCCGGCCUUACAGAUGACUGUUCUCAAAAGAGAGAGAUUAGCACUACGCUUGCAGCGGCUCUGAUUGAGAGUUCAUUCUGUCUCUUUGUGGCCGCAGUCCAGCUUCAGGAAAAUAGCCAGCGUUGUUGGGUUAUUCAACGAGUCUAUGACAUUGCCAGGUUGACGGGAUGGCAGACGGCACGGAAAAUUGCCAUUGGAUGUGAGACGGCCUGGAUCAAGGUUUCACAACUGGGCCUUGGCCCCCAGUACAAAAGACCAAAGCAUCUAGACGACGUUCCCAUGUCUGUGUGGAUGAACCCACGGAAACUAGACCAAAGGAUCCGGGACCUGGAGAAGACGGAGGAGUCAAGGUUAGUCCUACGUCAGUCCGAACAAACGAACCUUGCUUUGGGCCUACUUGGCGUCGAAACAGACUUGGAGGUGCUGGAUCUUCAAGAAGAUCGUUAG